CACGCGUCCAUCAUGGCCUCCCUCUUCAGGGCGUACAAUGCCGCCCUUCUCAAGCGCCCGAUGCUCACGCAAUGCCUGACCGCUGCCGUGCUGUUCAGCGGCGGGGACGUCCUCGCGCAGCAGUUUGUGGAGAAGCGGGGGUCGCUGCAUGACUACACGCGCACCGCGCGCCUGGCGUUCUACGGAGGCGUUUGCUUCGGCCCGCCCAUGACGCUUUGGUACCAGUUCCUCAACAGGAUCAAGUUUGCGAGCUCAAGGCGGGCGGUGGUCUAUCGGGUCUGGCUCGAUCAAGCGUUCUUGACGCCGAUCGCCGUCGUCUACUUCUUCAGCAUGAUGAGCUUGCUCGAGGGCAAGCCGUACGAAGCCCCCGAUCGCGUUCGCUCCGCCUACGUCCCUACCAUUAUACGCAACUGGGCCGUCUUUAUACCGGCCCAAAUCAUCAACUUCUCCAUCGUCCCCCCGCAAUUCCGCUUCGCCUACGUGGGCGUCGUCAGCUUGUUCUGGAACACCUACCUCAGCCUCGCCAACCAGGAGCAGGCGGAGCUAGAAGCACAAGCCGCAGUUAACACGCCUGUAGCGCUCGAAUGAUAUACGACCUUGCGAUGAGCGUAGGGACUUGAACAGCGAUACUCGGCUGGACUAUGCAUUCCGGGAAGAGCAUAUGCCCCCUUCGGCUCGAGAAUCUUAUGCCGACCGAGGGGCACGAGGGGACGAGUGCUUGCAUAAACUGCGUCUAGGACUAGCUGCUUUCUAUGUAGGAGAAAUGCAUGAGAGUCGCUGGCUCCGGGUUAUAGGCGUGGACGCAGCAUGCAGGGGCCUCGACGAGCCACCUGCGAGUCAUGUGACCGCGCCUCGGUGUCGCCGAUCG